CUGCAGAUAGGAGAUCGGGGCAACCCCGAGGCAGACAUGGCGUUGCCGGCCUCCAGCUUGCCUUCGUUCGCCUCUUUCCGCAAGGACAGCCGCCCGGCUUCCCAACAAUGGUCCUGCGGCUUGGAAGCUGCGAUGCCGCUCAGCCACUGCCCCUUGCCGGACCUGAGGAUGAGGACGGAGGGGGUCGCCCCGAUCAGGGACGAAGAGCUGAGCACCGUGCUGGAUCUGGUCCUCUCCAUGGGCAGCAGCGACAACAGCCUCCUCUCGGACAUGCCUCGGGGAGAUUACGCGAGACCGGACGAUUAUUUCGGCAUCAAUUCCGCGGCUGGAUACUACAGUCCGUUAGAAACUCGCACGCCGACUCCCUAUAGCCCCGCUUUCCCUUCCGAAUCGGAGCCCUCCGAGCUGGACGCAGGGAGUUACGCCCACGGGCGUUUCUUCGUGGGCUUUGCCGGAUCGCCCUUCGUGGACAAUGUUAAACCGGAGCCCGAAGUGGAGACUUACGAGCCUCUGCCAGGCUUGGGGCCCCAAGUCUGCACCAACAUCAAGCGGGAGAACACCCCAGGCCCCUGCAUGCUGUCUGGCUCUCCUCAGCUGCCUUGUGCUGAGACCCCGCCACUGAGCCCUGAUGACCUGCUGAUGGCCUCCAAGCGCCACGGACAGUUGAUGCCUCUCCCCCAGCAGGGCUACCACCCAGGCUUUCCACAGCCUCAGUACCCCCAGAGACCCUCCCCUUAUGGACUCUUUGAGGACAGCCUUCCCUGCCAGGCCUCGGCCUCCAGGACCCUUCUCACCCCACCUGCCUCACCCCUGGAAAUGCUGGAAACCAAAACGAAGAGGGGACGCCGUUCUUCCUCCCGCAAACGGACCGCCACGCACACUUGCACUUACACUGGCUGUGGAAAAACCUACACCAAGAGCUCCCACCUGAAGGCACAUCUUCGAACUCACACAGGUGAGAAACCCUACCACUGUAACUGGGAAGGGUGCGGAUGGAAGUUUGCUCGCUCAGAUGAACUGACCCGCCAUUAUCGGAAACAUACCGGGCAUCGUCCCUUUGAGUGCCACCUGUGUGACCGGACCUUCUCCCGUUCUGACCACCUGGCAUUGCACAUGAAGAGACACAUGUAGCUUUCUCACACCUGUGGUGUGACCUGAAGUACUCUGGAGAUGGGGGGGGGGGAAAUCUUGUAGCUGGUACUACUACGUCUGUCUAUGCAGAGAAAAGACUUGGGAAUGACCCGAGGAAGCCAGUUGUUCCAGUGCUUCCUGAAGAGGCCAAGAACCUGACUUGACUGUUCUUUCGCCAUGGAAGAGCAGGACUUAUUUAUAGGAUGGAGAAGAGACCAAAAUGCGUGACUGCAGCCCUGAGAUCCAAAGAUGUAGCACUUGGAAGAAAUGCAACGGAGAUAAAAGUGUGAGCGUUUUUAAACAGUGGUGCUGGAGGUGGCUAUUAUGCAUCCCAUGCACACAAAAAUAACAAACAAAAAAAUCCCUGACUGACCCUCACAAAAAAUACUACUUGAACCCAAAAUUGAGGCUGUCAUACUUGGAUAUCAGCGUCAUCAGAGCUGACUCACUUGAAAAAUCCAACUGUGCUGAGUGAAAAAAAAAAAAAGAGAGAGAGAGAGAGAGAGAGAAGGGUGCCUCGCCAGCACCUGCUGGCUGGCUACUAUAAAAGAUGAUACUGAGAUAGCCAUGGCAAAUCUGAAGGAUGCAGUGUGAUCCAAGUGAUCCAUAGAUCACUUCUGGCCAAGGGUCGGAAAUAACUAAAUGGUUGGUGAUGACAGAGAAGAGACAAAGGGCUGGCUGUAUGUACAUAGCUGACUAUGCCCCAAACAUAAGCUGUAUUGGAGGACUGUAAAGUU